GUUCAAGAAACAUCUCCGGCGACCCUUUGUUCUCCGUCCGAAGAAAAAGUCCGUUCGAGCUCCCGAAGACUCCAAGUUUUAUUUUCUUUCAUUUCUUGUUGUAAAAUCCGAACGUUUUAUAAGUUCGGAUUAUUUUUUUUUCCGCUGUAAUAUACAACAAUCUUAAGGUAGUAUUAAUGGAGUUCGGAUUCGGCAUCGUGGGUUCCUCCGGCAACGGAAUGAGUUCUGAAAUCCCGGUGGAAACCUCUUCGGUCGCCAUGGUUGUGCCGUCCUCACCACUACCCUUUGGGGCAAGUGUGGGCGCCGCGACCAUGACGUCGUUUUCAAUGCCGAGCUCGAUCUUCGGGUCGGCCCCUCGACCCAUUCCCGGGCUCGAAACCACGGGGGAUCACCCCAUUGGUAAUUCGAACCCGUUUCUCGGACCGACUACGGCUUCGGCCUCGACGGUCAACUUUGGACCGAACGCGGGCUUUCCCACCCCGGUCAACGUAGGCCCGGGUUUCCCCACACCGGUCAAUCCAUUCGUUGGACCCCAUUGGGCGACUAACGGGCCAUUCCUCCACACGCCCAAUGCAGUUGGGCCGAUUACGGUGCCCGCUAGUUCGGUUCAAAGGCCACCGAAGUUCAAUGGGACGAACUUCAAAAUGUGGCAACAAAAGAUGAUGUUCUUUAUGACUGUCUUGGGAUUUGCUGAGUACCUGCAGCAAGAUCCCCCCCAGCCCAAUGAAGCCAACGACCCCCUCGUGGCGAUGGUGAACCAAGCAUGGUACCACAACAACUAUCUCGCCAUCAACAUUAUCCUCGAGGGGUUGGGAGAUUCGCUGUACCCCGUCUACGCCGGUGCAACGCUCGCCAAGGAGCUUUGGAAUAGCUUGAACAAAAAGUAUCAAGCUGAAGAUGCCGGCACAAAAAAGUUCAUCGUCGGGAAGAUGCUGGACUACAAGAUGGUCGACAGCAAAUCUGUUGUCGCCCAGGCUGAGGAGCUUACGGUAAUCUUCAACAAGUGCAAUGAAGAAAAAGUAGGCGUCAGCGAGGCCUUUCAAGUGGCGGCCAUCAUCCACAAACUUCCCCGGUCGUGGGAAGAUUUCCAAGCCGACCUCAAGCUCAAAAGAACGGAGCUGAAUCUGGAGCAACUGCUCACGCGGUUGAGGAUCCGAGAGGAAGGGCUUGCUAGAAGAAAUGGAGGGGCUAAGGCGAAUGUUGUAGAACAUCCGUCGGGCUCUUCACAUGGCGGGAAGGACAAGAAGAAAAUGGGUCCUAAGGGUGGUGUUUCUAAAUUUGCAGGAAAAUGCUACAAUUGUGGCAUUACUGGACAUCGUUCCUCCGAUUGUAGGAAAAAGAAGCCACAAAAGGGAAAGAAGAAAACCACUGAAGCCAUGUGUGCGGAGCUUGACAACUUGGACCUCUGCGCGGUUGCCACCGAGGUGAAUCUCGUCGGGUCAAACCCGAAGGAAUGUCGAAUUCCGGUGACGAUGAUGAAGUCGAACAUGAGACUGAAUUGAGACGAAGUAAAAGAAUACGAACUAAAAAGACGUUCGGUUCUGACUUCAUAACAUAUCUGAUAGAAUUUGACAAAGGAACUUUGUCAUUUCUAAUGGAAAAUGAACCCGAUAUUCUAACCUGUUUGGUAGAAAAAGAACCACGAACCUAUCACGAGGCCGUAACCUCAACUGAGGGACCUCAGUGGCAAGAGGCCAUAAAGAGUGAAGUUGAUU